AUGAAAAACGUAAACAAAGCGCCAGUGCUGGUUAGGAAGCUGUUGGCUUAUCGGUCACUAAGCCGCCGCCGGGGGAGCCCUAGCAACGUGCUCCAUAGAAACGACACGACACCCAACAGCAACGCCAACACCAGGAGUGCCAGGCCAAAAAAAAUUCCUUUGCUCGGCAGUUCGCUGUUUACACUACGUGGCUGCACAUCGUCGCACUCCGGAUUGGCCAUGGCCCAAACGGCACGCACCGCCACGGGAAGGCGUCCGACGCACCACGACUACCACCAUAGCGCCGCCAUCUCGCUGAGACCAGUCCGCUCCAAGUCCGCCCAUCCGGCGCCACUGCGUCCGCUGAGCGGCGUCCACGGGGCGGCCGUCUCCUCCCGUCUCGUGCCGCCCUUCUCCAUCCAGUCGCAGCAGAAGAACACCGUCGUCAUAGACGGACCCAUCCAUGAGUCCGCCCCCAAGACAGCCAGUGCCAGGGCGCGGGCCCCGAAAAUUCUAAGGCGGCAGCAAAAGUCCAUGUCCACCUUCAAUCUGGGCAUGGGUCUUAAUGGAAGUGCCGCGAGUGGGGGUAACGAUCCGGGACGAGGAACCCUGUUUCGGAUGUACUUUGACCGCGGUGACCUGCCCAUCAAGAUGGAGUAUUUGUGCGGAGGCGAUAAGAUCGGCUGGACGGUGGAUAUUGAAAAGCUGGACUACAGCCUCUAUCUGCCGCUAUUCUUCGACGGACUGGCGGAGACCAAGCACCCGUACAAGACAUAUGCCCGGCAGGGGGUUACGGACUUACUGCUCGCCGGGGGCGAGAAGAUACACCCGGUGAUACCGCAAUUAAUAUUGCCGCUGAAGAACGCAUUGAGCACACGAAACCUGGAGGUAAUGUGCACGACAUUGAAGAUAAUCCAACAGCUGGUCAUGUCCUCGGAUUUGGUGGGACCCGCCCUGGUGCCCUUCUACAGGCAGUUGUUGCCCAUGUUUAAUGCCUUCAAAGUGAAAAACUUAAACUGCGGCGAUGAGAUCGACUAUGCCCAGAAGAACAACCUGAAUCUGGGGGAUCUGAUCGACGAGACAUUGCAGGUCCUGGAACUGCACGGCGGCGAAGAUGCCUUCAUCAAUAUCAAGUACAUGGUCCCGACCUACGAGUCCUGCUAUUUAAAUUGAAUUACGCUUCAUGGUUUUGUCCCUUUACAUACAAUAUCAUAAGUAUUUAUUGAAAUUUACAAACAUUACAAAAUUAAAUAGAUAUUUGAUUGAUUGAGAUUACAGUGUGUGUGGAUAUAGUUUCCACUUAUAUAAAAAGCAUUAAAUUAAAUUAGGCUUCUUUGAUUUGUUCCUUUACAUGCAAUAUCAUAAGUAUUUAGUGACAUUUACAAACAUAAUAUAAUAAAAUAUGUAUAUAUUUGUUAACAACGGU